GUUUAUUUGCCGCUUCCUCAACGCAUUUAAGCGCAUUUGACUAUUGUUUGUCUUUCGAAACAGAACAGAAUCGGAAACUGGUGUCCAGAAUAAAGCCCCUUUAACAAAUCAAACGAAUUGCCGCAAGUGUGUGUAUUCUAAAUAAAUAUUUGAAAAUUUGUUAAACUUUAAUAAAGAAGACAAAAGUGUGUGAAAAGCGAAGAUGAAGCUGCUGUUUGCUGUUCUACUGAUCACGUUGGCUUCAAGCGGCGUUUUGACUUUGCCCGCACGUAAUAGUCCACAGGACGAUGCCGAGGUGAUAUCCGUGCCACAACGUCGACCCGUAAGCGAAUCAAGCGAUACGGACUUCCAUGACUUUAAGGGCGUCAUCGAUACGGGCGAUAUUGAUACGGGUGCUGGAUAUCCAUUCCUGCAACCGAAUCCAUCAGCCUUCAACCUUGGCUUCUUUGACUCUUUCGAUGACAUUUUCCGUCGUCUGCGCGCUCGUCUUUGGCCCGUGACAGUCGGUUCAGAUGAUUCUGAGGCUGGAUCUGGGGACUCGUCUAUUGAAACUGGCUUUCCACUUGGCUUCGGCUUGAGAGGUCUGACCCCCUUGGAUACCAAGAAUGGCAAUACCACAUCAACGGUUAAGGUCGUGGAUGGUCACAGAGUCGAGAUCAAUGAGACCGUCUAUGGGGAUACCAACAAUAUUUUCAAGGUGCGUGUGGUUAAUGUGCGACCCUUGGAUAGUGGCGAGGAAGCUGUGGAGGGCGUGACCAAUAACAAUGGUGAGGUAAAGCCGGAAAGUUCACCCCCCACUUCGGCGCCUCCGAAACGCAGCGAACUUGAUGAAUCCGACGAGGAUCGUCGUGAACCCCUGGAGAAGCAGCCCAGGGACAACGAAGUCCGCGACAUCGAUGGACCUCAGGUAUAAAAGCCAGAAUAAAAAAAACUUUGACAGCUUUUACCAGCGUUUCCAAAGCAACUAAAAAGAAAAUCUAACCAGGAAAUGCUUACAAAAUGCCUUGCCAAUAAAUAUAAUCGAAUUCUUCGUAGAGCUCUACUAAUCGUCUAAAUAUAUACAUACUAUAUACAUAUAACUGAACAAUCUGUAUAUUGAGCCGCCUAUGAAUCUAUUCAUACAUGUCAACUUGUAAUAUAUUAAAAUUUCUAAUACUUUUUUUUCAAAUAAAGGUUUGCAUUAAAACUAAA